GUCAGUUUGAGCAGCCGAUGAGCUGGCUCGUUGGAUGAGCGGUGACGUGCGGGGACGGUGGCCGCGCGUGCCGCGCCGCGUCGUUGUGAACGCGUUUUUAAAAUCACGUGGCGAGGCGCGGGCAGUGAGGCGAGGAUCUCCGGUCCCUCCCUGGUGAACCCUGCAACAGCGGCAAGUUGUUGUUGUUGAUAUCCGCCUGCGGUGAGUGGAAAGCUGCGGUGCUUGCUGAUCGAGGCCAUCGGCGGUGCACAGGAGGCGAAAUCAAACGCUCGCCGCCACGCCUUGCCCCGGUGGGCCCACAAGGCGAGGGAGGCAUUGGCUCUGGGUGCUCGGAAUGCCUCUCGCUGGUGCCGCUGCGCUCCUGUAGGCUGUGGGAUCUGUGAGCUGCCGUCCGCCGCGGUGCCGGGAGGAGCCGGAAGGAGCCAUGAGCUCGCGGUGGGCCCCGUGGGAGGGAGUGGUGCGCACGUGUCAGCGCAUGGCGCGUACCAAGACCCUCGACGCCGACCUCAUGGAGACGUCGCUCACGCGCUGCCUUUCCACGCUCGACCUCACGCUGCUCGGUCUCGGAGGCAUGGUGGGCUCGGGCCUCUACGUGCUCACGGGCACCGUGGCCAAGUCGAUGGCGGGCCCGGCGGUCAUCAUCUCGUUCCUGUUGGCCGGCCUGGCCUCCAUGCUGGCGGCGCUGUGCUACGCGGAGUUCGGAGCGCGGGCGCCGCGGGCCGGUUCGGCGUACCUCUACACGUACAUGACCAUGGGCGAGGUGUGGGCCUUCAUGAUCGGCUGGAACGUCGUGCUUGAGUACAUGAUCGGCGGCGCAGCCGUGGCGCGCGCCUGGAGCGGCUACUUCGACGCCAUCUUCGAGCACAAGAUCCAGAACUUCACCCUCACCCACGUCGCCUCCUGGGACGUGCCGUUCCUUGCCCACUACCCCGACUUCCUCGCCUGCGGGAUUCUGUUUAUCGCAACAAUUUUGGUUUCCUUUGGCACCAAAGUAUCCUCUUGGAUCAACCACCUGUUCGCCGUCAUCAGCAUGGGGGCCAUCCUUUUCAUCCUCGUGUUCGGCUUCACACUGGCCGAUCCGCAGAACUACAGCAAAAAGGAGGGCGGCUUCGCUCCGUACGGAUUCUCGGGCAUCAUGACGGGGACGGCCACGUGCUUCUUUGCGUUUGUCGGCUUCGACGUGAUCGCGUCAUCGAGCGAGGAGGCUCGGGACCCAUCUCGCUCCGUUCCGGUGGCCACGGCGCUGUCGCUGGUCCUCGCCACGCUGGCCUACACCCUGGUGGCCACGGUGCUCACGCUCAUGGUGCCCUGGCACUCGCUGGUGCCCGAGUCGGCGCUGUCAGAUGCCUUCUCCCGCCGGGGGCACCCGUGGGCCGGCUUCAUCGUCUCCACCGGCUCCAUAUGCGCGAUGAACACCGUCCUGCUGAGCAGCCUCUUCUCGUUGCCGCGCAUCAUCUACGCGAUGGCCGACGACGGGCUCUUCUUCUCCGUCUUCUCUCACCUGCACGCCGUCACCAAGGUUCCCGUCAACGCCAUCGUGGUGUUCGGCACACUGACGGCCGUGCUGGCCACGCUGUUCGACCUGGAGGCGCUCGUGCAGUUCCUGUCCAUCGGCACGCUGCUGGCGUACACCUUUGUAGCGGCGAGCGUCAUUGUGCUGCGCUACCAGCCCGACCGCACCUUGCAGAGCGAGUUCCUGGACAUCUCGCCGGACAAGGAAGGCGAGCGGCGUGACACGGCCGGCUACGAGUCGUUCUCGGACAAGCUGCGUCUCGUGGGGAAGCAGCGGGGAGAAACAGAGGCGCGGCAGGCUGGCUGCCUCAAGGCCAGGUUUGAGUGUCUUCUGCGGGUGCUGGCGCCGUGCGGCCCGGGCGAGGCGGUGGUGGUGUGCGUGGUGGCGCUGCUCGUGUGCGCCACCUCGCUCGCCUCCAUGCUCGUGUUUGGCUCCUCGCACCUUCACCUGCCGACGUGGGCCUUCGCGCUCUUCCUCUCCAUCUUCGGCCUGGGCUUCCUCGUCAGCGUGAUGCUCAUUGCCGCUCAUGAGCAGAAUCGCGGUCCCACUACCUUCUUGGUUCCGUGUGUGCCAUUCCUGCCGGCCCUGAGCAUGCUCAUCAACAUCACCCUGAUGCUGAAGCUCAACUACAUGACGUGGGUGCGCUUCAUGGUGUGGAUCGUUGUCGGCAUGUUCAUCUACCUGUCGUACGGGAUGUGGCACAGCAAGGAGCGGCUGCGGGAGCCGGCUCCGCGCACAGUGACCGCGCGCUACGUCGUCAUCCCCAGUGGCCGUCUCUCCGAGAGCCUGCAGCCCGUGCAGCCCGCGGGGGACGGGCCCUGCAGCCUCAGCGACAGCGACAGCGACGCCGAGUUGGACGGCGUCUCCGACCGCCAGAGAUAGGUGCCUGCAGGCCUCGGGGGCCGGGGCCUCCUGUAGGCCUCAGGGUCUAAC